CCGUAGCCAGUUUGCUACCCGCUGAGCCCUGGCCGGGGAAACAGCUCACGGAAACGAUUGAUCCCAUCGAAUAACGUUAAAGCUGGCCACGUAAAUGGCGGAUUAACAGUGAUAUCAGCAAGGACUCGCUAAAUCAAUGCUCGAGACCCAGGUGCUUUUGGAGAGUGCGCUGGCAACACCCUCCGUAACAUGUGAGAUGUAUACAGAAAGAUAUUAACUGUGCGUUAUUUCGGCUAACUAGCUAGCAGCUACCCCCUCUAUCCAAUUUAUGGUGGCUCGCUUGAUCUGUUUUUUCAACCGUCGCGUCUGUACCGGAGGAAAAUGAAGAAGUUUAACAUUAGGAAGGUGCUGGACGGCUUGACAGCGGCUUCUUCCUCCUCCUCCGCAACUACCCAGCCGGGUACUCCCAGGGAAAACGAUGUCGUCCAGGAGACUCUCCAGUCGGAGCAUUUUCAGCUCUGCAAGACUGUGCGUCACGGCUUCCCAUAUCAACCAUCCUCGAUGGCUUUUGACCCCGUGCAGAAAAUCUUGGCCAUCGGGACUCAGACUGGAGCUUUGAGGCUCUUCGGCCGUGCGGGCGUGGAGUGCUACUGUCAGCAUGAGAGCGGCGCUGCUGUCAUCCAGCUCCAGUUCCUGAUCAACGAGGGGGCGCUGGUGAGUGCCUUAGCUGAUGACAGCAUCCACCUGUGGAACCUGAGGCAAAAAAUCCCUGCGAUAUUGCAUUCUCUCAAGUUCAACAGGGAGAGAAUCACGUACUGCCACCUGCCCUUCCAGAGCAAAUGGCUUUACAUCGGCACGGAAAGAGGAAACAUCCACAUCGUCAACGUGGAGUCCUUCACUCUCUCAGGCUACGUCAUCAUGUGGAACAAAGCCAUCGAACUAUCCACAAAGACACACCCAGGGCCUGUGGUGCACAUCAGUGAUAACCCCAUGGAUGAAGGAAAGCUUCUCAUUGGAUUUGAGUGCGGUGUUGUGGUGUUGUGGGAUUUGAAGUGCAAAAAAGCUGACUACCGCUACAAUUACGAUGAGGCGAUCCACUCAGUCGCCUGGCACCACGAGGGUAAACAGUUUGUCUGCAGCCACUCCGAUGGCACGCUGACCACAUGGAAUGUACGAGCCCCGGCCAAGCCUGCACAGAUCAUCACACCACAUGGAAAGCAGCCUAAAGAUGGAAAAAAGCCAGAGCCAUGCAAGCCUAUCCUCAAGGUGGAGUACAAAACAACGAGGGCGGGGGACCCAUUUAUGGUCCUAUCAGGCGGUCUGUCUUAUGAUACAGUGGGGAGGAGAGCCUGUCUGACUGUGAUGCAUGGAAAGAGCACUGCUGUUUUGGAGAUGGACUAUCCCAUAGUGGAUUUCCUAACGCUGUGUGAAACUCCAUAUCCCAAUGACUUUCAGGAACCGUAUGCUGUGGUUGUCCUCCUCGAGAAGGAUUUAGUUGUAAUAGACCUCGGACAGAUCGGGUACCCAAUAUUUGAGAAUCCAUAUCCUCUGACUAUCCAUGAAUCACCCGUGACCUGCUGUGAGUACUUUGCUGACUGCCCUGCUGAACUUAUUCCUGCACUUUACUCUGUGGGCAGCCGGCAAAAAAGACAAGGCUACAGUAAGAAGGAAUGGCCCAUUAGUGGAGGAAACUGGGGCCAAGGCACUCAGAGUUAUCCAGAGAUCAUAAUCACAGGACAUGCUGAUGGAUCGAUCAAAUUUUGGGAUGCUUCUGCAUUAAUGCUUCAAGUGCUGUACAAGCUAAAGACUGCCAAGGUUUUUGAGAGGACUCGUGGGAAGGAGGAGAAGCCAAGUACUGAUAUAGUAGAGGAGGACCCGUUUGCCAUCCAGACUUUGUCCUGGUGCCCAGAGAGCCGGAUGCUGUGUGUGGCUGGAGUGUCUGCCCACGUCAUCGUCUAUAGAUUCAGCAAGCAAGAGAUCACUACUGAAGAGGUGCAGCUUUUGGAGGUGCGGAUGCAGGGUGAGUUUAGUGAUGGAGAAUCCCCUGAUCCAGGAGGGGAUCAAACUCCAACACUGCCCACCCCUGGAGCUUCAUCCAGCCCUCAGGAGGGCGAGCUCCCCACUCAGCCCUCCACAGGCAGCAACUCCUCCGAUGGGCCGCGGGACAAUAUACCAUGCCUGCAGGUGCGGAGCUCCCCGCUGAAGCAGUCUCCGGGCUACCAGGUGGAGCUGGUGAUCCAACUGGUGUGGGUGAGCGGGGAGCCACCUCAGCCAAUCACAAGCCUGGCUAUCAACUCCUCCUACGGCCUUGUGGUGUUUGGAAACAGCAAUGGUCUCGCUGUGGUGGACUACCUCCAGAAAACUCUGCUCCUCAACAUGGGCACAUCAGAGCUGUACAGCCCAUCUGACCCGUACCAGAGGCAGCCUCGCUCCCCGCGCAAACAACGGCAGCCCUCUGGAGCACUCUGUGAGUCCAACGAAGGAGCCAAUCCCACAGAAGAGCGCUGCAAAUCCCCAACUUCAGGAUCUACCUCACCUUGCAAUUCAGAUGACGAUCGAAAGCAGAAUUUCAUAGAAAAGGUGAAGUUAAAAAGCAGACGUUUUUCCAAGACGGUUGCCAAUGACUUUGCCAAGAUGUCACGGAAAAUUAGCUCAUCUGGUGAGCAAAGGCCAGACCAGGAGGAGAAGUCCCAGCAUUGGCGCUCUCUCACAUGUAAGAUGCGAGUUUUUGGUGAGAACGAAGGCAAAGCAACAGCCGAGAUGAACCAGAAGGGGGGCGUUGGUAGAACCUUAUCGGUCCCCGUCUCCCACACCAAGGACAACUCAUUCACCCGCUCGCGUAGUUCAAGUGUAACCAGCAUAGACCGAGAAUCUCGAGAGGCCAUCUCCUCCUUUCACUUCUGCGAGAGUUUCCCCAGAAAGAACGACAGUGCGCUCAGCCCCUGCCUGAUGGUGGGAACCACCCAGGGCUCGGUGAUGAUGGUGGCCCUCAGCAUGCCGCCUGGAGGGGACCAGAGGCUGCAGCAACCUGUCGGCAUCUCCUCCUGCGGCACCAUGGUCAGCCUCAAAGGAGGCAUUCUGACGAUGGCCCUGCUUGACGCCACUGGAGCUCUACUGCCCCCUUCCUACGAGCCAUGGUAUGACGCCAAUGCAUCAGAUGAGGAGAAGGAGAAGAUCCGGAGGCGCAGGCCGGCCUCACCUCCCUCGUCACAAGAGGGUCAGGAUUCCCAGUUUGCAGUGCUGUGUUCAGAGAAACAAGCUAAAAUACUGGCAAUGCCCUCACAGACCCGCAUCCACAAACACAACAUCACAGAGACCUCCUUCGUGCUGAGGGCCGACGUGGUGCUGAUGGCCGGGGCCAACUGUAUCGCCUGUUUCUGUGCUAACGGACAUAUCAUGACUCUCAGUUUACCCAGUUUAAGGCCUCUGCUGGACGUGAACUACCUACCACUGACAGACAUGAGGAUAGCCAGAACGUUUAGUUUCUCUAACCUGGGUCAGGCCCUGUACCUCACCUCCCCUACUGAGAUCCAGAGGAUCACCUAUAGCCAGGAGACUUGUGAUAACCUGCAGGAGAUGCUCAGUGAGUUAUUUACUCCAGUGGAGACACCAGAGGCUCCUAACAGAGGUUUCUUCAAAGGUCUUUUUGGAGGAGGAGCUCAGUCUCUGGACAGGGAGGACCUAUUCGGUGAAACAGCUGCAGGUAAGGCCUCCCGCAGCCUGGCGCAGCACAUCCCUGGCCCAGGGAGUAUGGAGGGCAUGAAGGGUGCAGCAUCAGGAGUUGUUGGAGACCUUGCAAGAGCCCGGAUAGCUCUGGAUGAGAGAGGGCAGAAACUAGGCGAGCUGGAGGAAAGAACGGCAGCCAUGAUGGCCAGCGCCGAGUCCUUCUCCAAACAUGCUCAUGAUAUGAUGCUGAAGUACAAAGAUAAGAAGUGGUACCAGCUCUGAUGGCAACGUGUGGAGCAUCGGACUCUGUAAUCACGCACACCAGUAUCUCUGAGGAGCUGCAGGUCCCAAAUAUUCUCUUCUCUAUUUCUCUCCACAGGGGGGUUCUGCUCUACAGACUCAUGCUUUCAUUCUCAGCACAAUAUCAUACACUCUGGCGUUACCCUGGUCACGGGAUGACUGCCACCGAGUACACACCGGCCGAACCAACGGGAUGAGAAUGGGAAGAAAUGGAAGAAGAGAAACCCUUCGGAUGCUCUCUUUCCAUUUUACCCGAGAGUUUGCAGACUGGGAGAAGAAGAGAGGGGACCUUUCAUAUCCAUCCGUCAUGCACUCAUAUAUAUCUCUCAUAUAUAUCUACACAUCCUGCUGUUUUUUUCUGAAAGAGGAAAGACAAUUCUGCAAAACCCUUACUUGUGGUGGCCUGAUUGCAAUUGCUCUCUUUUCCUUUCUCUGCCCUUUAUGGUGUCUGCCAAACAGUGGACUUAAACGAGGAAAAAAGUCUGAUGACCCGUCGUCCUUCACAUCUAAUCAAGUCAUUAUAGAUGUAAAUAUCUAUAGGAGUGAUUGAAUCAAUGAAGGACUUGUGUUUGUUUAUUUUUUCAGUCUGAAUUAUUUUUAGAGUUGAUCUCUGUGCUUUCUUUAGGUUGUUUAUGUCUCUUUUUUUGUCCAGAAGGGCCUUUCAAGCACUUAGAGAGUAGACAGAGCGCUGAUGAAUCUAUCGCCUCUAACUGAAUAAGGGCUGGUAGUACACUAGUUCAUCACCGACCAUUCCUUUUGCAUUCGCCAACCAACUUGUUUGAAGUGAAAGAGAAACAAAUGGCGAGUCUUCUGAGAGUCCCUUUGGCUUUAUUUAAAAAUCUAAUUAUUUAUUGGAGCAGUGUAAUACAUAGGAAGUAAAAGAAGUUUGUAUGAUGGGCAUUAAAUUUUUGUUUUCUUGUCGAUUAAGUGCACAAAAAGUGCUGAAAAAUGUUUACCCCUCAUAAAGAGUUUACAUUGAUCUAUCAGAAAAAAAUGAAGAGUUGAUACACUGGAGAACCCUUGAAGGUCUUCUAGCUUUCAUGGGAUUGUAGCUACGAGAAAGAUGAAGGGCAAGACAAAGAUUGUCCUCGAUAUGAUUAGCAUAAAUGUAUAUUUUGGUUACAAUUCUUAGUUUUUGUGAUAAAGAUUCUAUCUAUACAUGAUUACUCAGAUUUUUUUUUUUUGCUAUUCUGUCAUAGCUGAAGUUGAUUUUUGUCUCGUUUCUCAAUGUGUAGGGAAAAAAGCAUGUGUCUCUUACAGCACAAUGGUAAAGGUAUGCUGUCUUUGUAUUCGUAGCUGCCAGUAGAUAUGACCAAGCACCCCGGAGUGAUCCACACACGUGCCAUUGGUCAUCUCUCUCUGAACCAUUCACUUAAAAACUGUUUCUCUUCUGCCUUUGCCUCAUGAUGCAUAUAUGCUAACCUCUACCUAUGUGUAUGUCUGUGUGUUUGUGAACAUACAUAUAUUCUGGAAUAUGUGUAUGGGCGCCAAUAUUUAUAAUACUACAUAGAUACAGUGUAUUACAAUAGGUCUUUUGAGGUUUUGUUUUUGCUUGACAGUGUUUUUCCAAUGUGAUUACCUAGACUUCUAUUGUAAUUAGAUUUCUUUUACAUGAGGUGCAAGGAUACGCUGCUAUUUGUGUCAAUGUAGGAGCAUUAUCUGUUGCUCUUUUUUUUCUUCUUUUGAAAAAGAGAGACAAGACUUUGUCGGUCCAGAUUGCUGCCAAAUGUUGUAAAUAACACGACAACUGGACACAAAUCUGACAGUGCAGGUUCAGGCACCGUGACAUACCGUAUGCUUGCGGCCGUGUUCUUUUUCGACACCAAAGAGUUACUUGAUUUCACAGAGUUGUCUUGAUUUUUUUUUGCCCCAAAUAGUUUGAGUCAGUCUGGAUUUCUUAAGUUAAAAAUUCUGCUGUGUGUAAGUGGGAGAAAGUAGAUUGGAUUUGGCUUAUUUUUCAUGGGCAGACCACUCUCAUUACCCAAAAGGCUGUGUUCAGAGGAGAGGCAAGGUGAAUCUGAAGGGUUUCAUUCCAAAAUGAGAUAUCCGCCAAAGAAAAUCAUGUCAAAUGACUCCUCGAGGCAUGAACAAAAACACUUGGACAUUUCUGAUCGAUUUUCACAGAUUUUCGAGUAUUAAAUCUUGUGUACUUUGGAGAUGUUGAGCUAUCAAUCACAUCAAAAACAUUUUAUCCAGAUGGAUGUGCAACAUUUUAGAAUAAAACUCUUCACUUUUAGCAGACUGAUUUUAACCUACUGUAAACUGCUGAGAUAAACCCAUUUAAAUGAGCAGCUGCGUGGGUUUUGCACUAUUUUUUGUACUUAGAAUAUGUUUGUUAGUAUGAUUUUUAAUGUGUUUAUUUUUCUUGUCCCAUUUUCUUGUUUUUGAAAGGACCAAAACAUGACAGAAUCUAUGCUUAUCCGUGUCAUUUGCCAAUUAUGCUGAUUGCUUCACUCUCAGAUUUGUUUUCAAUGUCAGGUUAAUGAUUCUAUGAUAUAUUUAUAUAUUUGAAGACAAAUAUAUAUAUACUUUUGAUUUCAAUAAUCUAUUAAAGAAACCUUUAAUGUAAUUUUGGGAUAGAUUUACUGUCAAAACAAUGGUUGUGCAUAUUGAUCCAUCAUCCAGACAUGACAAUAAACAUUUUCUGGUUCUAUAUUGAACAUGAUCAUCAAAGAAUCCAGCUUUGCUACUGCAGGAGGAUCAUCUCCUCCUGGCGGGCCGCUCAGUCUUUUUACAAAGUGUGGCCUCGACUUUAAAGUGCUUCAGUUUGCAACAUAUAUGUCCUAAAUGGUCCCUUAUUGCACAUUGAAGGAUGCAUGAUAUUAAGUGUUUACAGACUUGAAACAACCAUGUAUUAUCCCUCUUAGAGAUUGUCUCUUCUGGCAUUUGUAUUUACCACCAUGUUGAACAAAAAUCCAAGUUCUCGUCACACAUCUGAAGCGUGUCCCACAGUCGUUUGAUCAUGCCAAUUGUAUAAGUGUGAGAGAAUCUAUUUAUUUUACUGGUACAUCACUUUAUGUUACUGUUCGCUUCAUGAAAACUUCCUGCUUUCCCUGCGCUGUAGAAAUGCAUAAGAAGCAAAGUUUGGCUCAGAACAGCGUGUGGGAGAGCUUGAGGGUUUCCUCAGUCGCCAUACUUCCAUCCAUCCGUCCGUCUGUCUUCUGGGAUGAAUAUCUGUGGAGUUGCAGUAUUUUCUCAUAGUAGGCAAUUUUUGUACAGUUUUAUUAAAAUAAAUUUCACAUGGAUGUCUGACUUAAUCUGCUGCCACAAACAAUUUAGACUGUAGAUACAGUAUAUAUAUAUAUUAUUGUGCAAUGGAAAAUAAAUGUAAA